AUGAUAAAGUAUUGGAAGGCGUGGAAUGCUAUUAGCAAUUGUGGGUUUCCAAUAGUUUCCGGUGAAAAUUGGUUUUUGGGAAAUUUGAAUAUUACUAAGUCAUGUGAUACUCAUCGGAAACUUAUGCAGCUAACCAGGAAAUAUGGUCCAAUAUACGGUCUCAUGCAAGGAUCACAUCCAGUUGUUGUUAUUUCGGAUCCAAAAAUAAUACAUGAAAUAUGCUUUAAACAGUUUCAUAUUUUCCAUUCACGUAUUAUGGAUCCAACGGGUUCACAUCCGGAUAUUGCUAAUGAAGUCCACCAGUUUGCAGCAAGAGGAGAACGAUGGAAGCGAAUUCGAAGUUUGACAUCAAAGGCCGUUUCAAGCGAAAAUCUUCGAAAAUUUUCUGAGAUCAUGAAAGAUUCUAUCGAACGUUUCAUACUCGAUUUAGAAUCAGAAAUCAUAAUUUCCAAAGCUCUAGAUCUUCAUGCGCGAUUCCAAAGACUUACUUUUGACGUAAUAACACGUUGCUGUAUGGGUCGUCCUUACAGUUGUCAACAUGAUGAUCCAAAUUUGAAAUUACUACUUAACAAAUUUAGCCCGUUGCAAACAUUUCAUGCAUCUUUCUUAUUUACUUGGUGUAUACCAGAUCUCAAAUGGAUCGCACUGAUAUACGAGCAAUUAUGCGUACGUGUCCAAUCUUUUUUGCACAUCACCUCCGAUCCAAUAAUAAGUUACACUUCUCAUCUCCGCGAAAUUAUUUCAAGGAAUAUUUCUGACCAGGAGUGUAGCAGUUUCUUAUAUUUUAUGAAAAGCGUAGAAGACGAAAAAUGGAAAGAUUGGAUGGUAAAUGCUGAUGGACCAUGUGAUCUAUCAAAAGUGAAAAUUAUUUCUAAGUUGACGCGUGGAGAAAUUGUGAAUCAGUGCAGAUUUCUAACCUCGGCAGGCUUCGAUACCACAGCUAACACUGCAACUUACUUGGUGUAUUUACUUGCUCGUUAUCCAAAAGAGCAGGAAAAACUGUGGGAAGAAAUAAGCAUAUUAGAUGAAUUUACAUUCGAAAACGUUCGGUAUCUAAAUUAUCUUCAUUGUGCAAUUAUGGAAACCUUACGACUCUUCCCGCACGCUUCGUUGUUACAAACGCGAACUUGUACGCAAAAGUGUAGAAUAGGAACAUAUACAUUUAGAGAUGGUGUGGGCAUUCUUUUUGAUACGUGGACCCUACAUUAUGAUUCUAAAAUAUGGGGAGAAGACGUGCAUAAAUUUCACCCCGACAGGUUUCUAUUUUUACACUUAACCGAAGCUCAAAGAAAUAGCUGGAUGGCUUUCGGAGCUGGACCACGCCAAUGUAUUGGGAUGCGCUUUGCAGUUCUUGAAAUUAAAUUAUUGAUAUGCCAUUUAAUGAAGAAAUUUCAGUUUCAUGAAUACCAGAAUACAAAUAAGGCAAGUUUCAAAUCUUUGAAAUCAAAUUUACUUCCAAUUUUUAUGAACACUUUACAAAAUUAG